AUGCCGGGCCGGGCGGAGCCGUCGGGGGGCCGCGCGGCGGUGCCGGUGCCGCUUCCCGUCGCGGUGGCGGCGGCCCCGGGCCCGGCGUCGGUUCGCAGCGCCCUCCCCGAACGGUCGGCGCGUCCGGGAGGAGCGGGGCUGCGGGCCAAGGGCUUCGCCAUCACCGACCUGCUGGGGCUGGAGGCCGAGCUGCAGCCCCCCCCCGGGGCCGCUCCCGGGCCCGCCGGCGGCUACGAGGGCGGCGGGGCGCUGGGGCUGGGACUGGGGCUGCUGUGCGGCUUGGCGGGGCCGGGAGCUCCCUGCCUGCUGCCCGCCCCGCUGCCGCUGCUGCCCGCUCGCGGUCCCCGCCCGGCUGCCCCCGGGCCGCCGCCCGCCGCCCGCCGCCACAAGGAGAGUGCCUCCGAUGAGGACAGCCUGUCCGGGGACGCCAGCGAGCUGAAGAUGCCGGCUUCGCAGAUCAAGAGGAAGAAGCGGCGGCACAGGACGGUGUUCACGGCCCAUCAGCUGGAGGAGCUGGAGAAGGCGUUCAACGAAGCUCACUACCCCGACGUCUACGCCAGGGAGAUGCUGGCGGUGAAGACGGAGCUGCCCGAGGACCGCAUCCAGGUUUGGUUUCAGAACCGAAGAGCCAAGUGGCGGAAGCGGGAGAAGUGCUGGGGCCGGAGCAGCGUGAUGGCUGAGUACGGCCUGUACGGAGCCAUGGUGCGGCACUCCAUCCCUCUGCCCGAGUCCAUCAUCAACUCUGCCAAAAGUGGGCUGGUGGGAUCCUGCGCCCCGUGGCUGCUGGGCAUGCACAAGAAGUCCAUGGAGGUGAGCAGGAAGGCAGAGAGCCAGGAGAAGCCGACAGAUGGCUGGCAAGCAGAGAAGGAUGGAGAGGAACUUCAAGGGAAGCAGGCCAGUUCCCAGAGGAGCUCCGAAAAGCUUGGCCCUGCAAAAGAUCCUGAAGACACAGCCAUCGACCUCUCCAGGACAGCCAAGCAGGAGAAGAGAAGCGUACUGAGGCAGUGCAUAAACGGGGACCCCACCACGGAGCAGAAGGACAGGGACCACUGAGCUUGGGCAGCCUGGAAGAGGCCAGAGCUCACAGCUUUCUGGGGAGAUCAGAAUAUUUAUUGGUUUAUUGAUAUAUCUCUAUAUUUUUCUGAAAUAAUUGAACUUCUAUCUGAAUUCAGGGCAUUUUAAAACUGGAAACCUUCUUCCCGACUCUGUCCCCUCACUUGUCAGCAGAGCACAGGUGAAGCCAGGGUGGAGCGUGGGAGAUGUGUCCCAACACAGCCGAGAGCAGUGUGAAAACGGGACCAUCCUUUGGGCAGCACAGAUGGCUGCUCAGCAAGAGCCCCCCUUCUCCUCUGGGAUGUGUCCCGGGCUAUCCAAGAGCACAAAGAGCAGGAGUGCCAUGGGAAUCGCUCUGAUAUCCGGGUGCAGAGAUAGUGCAGGUUAUGGAUGCCUUCUCUGAGCACUUCCACCCCUGCACAGCACCCAUGUGGUGGUUCCCUCUGCUUCAGGCAUGUGAUUCUUCCACCUCAAGGAGCAGCAGGGCUUUUAUACACGGUAGGGUCCAUCCUCAGGCUGGUGUAACUCGACCAGUUUAUACCUCCUGAGGAUCUGGCCUGCCAAUGCAGCCUUAUCACUGGAUUUACACUGUGUAGCUUCCUUAACUCAUGUUUGGGAGAAGGGGGUACAAACGUUUUUGUUUAUGCAAUGAUUUUGUACACUCUUGAAUGUUAUCUUCCAUACUAUGCAUAAUAGAACAGAAAACCAAGCCAUAGCACCCUGGAACAAUUGAACAGUCUUGGGAACUGACAUAAGAGAAUACUUUGUAAUUGUCUGUAAAUAGUGUAAUGUCAGAGCUGUUUCUUGGUCGUCCUGUAUUUAUGUCUUAAAAGCACUUUAGUGAUCCGGAUUUUUGAAUGUGGCUGUUCCUGUUUUGUCCACCAUUUAUUUAUUAUACAUCUUAAGUAAAAUUGUGGCAUAUCUUUGGUUUUCAUGCUCCUCAUUGGUGAUUUUUCAAUUUUACUUUGGUGGACGUCACGGUAGUUGUCAGCUUUGAGAAGAUCUUGCAGACUCAUGUCCGAAUGGAGUUGGUCACUCCCCUGAGGCUGUGCAGUUACCCAGGGGAGCAGAGCAAACUCUCAUGUGUCUUCCCCCAAGCUGAGUUCCAGUUCAGCAGACUCUACAUGCCCAAAGGCAACUGACUGUUGCUUGUCAAAGACCCAUGCCAACCCAGAAAUGCCCAAUGCACUGGAAGGUGCAGAGUUGGGCCCUGUGUCCCUUGUGGUCUGGGGGCAGGGGGGCUUUGGGUUAGGUGAAUGGAUGGUGGAGGCACCUGGGGGGCACUUCAGCCUCUCUGGCAGAUGCGCCAAGCAGGAUGGUGCUGGCAACCCCAUGAUCAUCUGCAGGCACAAGUAAGGGUGUUGUGGGCAUCUAGGUGCUCAGACUCGAGCUGCAACCUGUCCUCCUCGCUGCCAUGUCGAUUUGGCCCAGACAUGCACUGUGACAGCUCUCCUGGAACACCUCCAGCUUUCUCUGCUGGCCAAAACCUAACUCAUAUCAGAAGGUUUUAUUACAAUCUGAGUAAUCCCAAUUUGGAAAGUUUCCUGACACAGCUCGGUGUCAGCACAGUCGUGUCAUGAUGCUGUCACCUGUCCCUGCUGCCAGGAUGCUCCUUGCACACUGGGUACAGUGUGGAAGGCCGAGGGUGCACAGGGGAACGGCUGGC